UCAGAUGUAGAAGGGAUGACUUUGGAAAUAUAUGCUUAAAUUGUGGAACUCACCGAGAAAAGUCAGUUCUGUAGUUGCAAGUGGCGCAAAUGUUAUGCGAGGGGUGUAGAAUGGAGCGAAGACCGUUGUCAGCAAUAUUACUACAUCGGUACCACAAUGAUGGGAUCAAUAGUAUGUGAGAGGUGUAUCAGAGGAGCAAGGUAUGCCCUAUUUAGUAUAUGCGACGGUUACGUGAAUAAGCUCCACAUACAUAAUAAGAACUUAGCAAAGUGUUUGUACUGCGAAAGGCGAAUAGCAUCGAGUAGUAUACGUAAGUGUGACAACAUUCCGCUGGGAGGCAAGUAUCUGUAUUGCAUCCGAAGAAAGAAAAUUGGAAAGUUAGGAGGAAAAGGAGAUCGAGUGUGAAGGGGCUGAUAUACCCCGAAUCGCUGGAUGCAUCGUCCAGAUCCUACACGAGGUUGUCAUCCUGAAAUGCUUCAGGAAUGGCAACCUCAGGUGGGUCGUCAAGGAGAGCAAGGCCGAC